AACUAGGAAUACGUGAAACUGGUGAACGCUUCGCGAGACAGGGAGUCACAGUCAACCAAGAGCCCGCGUGCAUGAGUGGCCCCAUCACGCGAAACGAAAAGUGUACGCGUAGUUUCGCGAGAAAGCGUACGAGGACUACGGAAGGUGGUUCGAGUACGAACGUUGGAACGAAAAAAUUCGGAACGAUCAGUACGUAGAUUUCAGUCGUGUGGAGAACAGGUACUACUGGGCGAAGCGAACCGUCGAAAAGCUCGAGCGUGCCAAUCUGUACAUCGCGAUUCCCGUGGGUAGCGAGAGGUACAUCGAGUUGCUAGUGAUAGACCCAUACAUCUACGGCGAGUGGAAGUAUCCCGCCGCUGUAAAACGGCAGAUCGACGAGCACAGGCUGCAGUGGGAGCGUGAAUUUGACGAACGUGGUGAGCUGGACGAUACUUUUUGCAACGUGUGCAUCGUCCCUCGAAAAGAGUGCGUGUAUCAGGGAGGCGAAGAGUUUAAGGACUACCGCGUUCUAAAUAUGGACUGAACGUGUCCACAGUGUUAGCCAAAUCACGUGCAAGUAUUUCGUGGAAGAGUGCGACGCGAUAUAGAGAAAAUCAUGGACCGUCUCGAGCAAGUGGAAAACGAACUGCUGGAGCAGAGUCGUCAGAUCGCCACUCUGGCGGAGUAUUUCGCGUGGCUGCGACAAUGCGACGAGUGCAUCCAGCGGCUCGAAGAACUCUGUCGCGCCAAGCGUCCUCGGCUCGCCGCCGGAAGUAGACAGUCCGCGGUGGCGAGGAUCGCCCGACUCGCUGGUGAAAGGGUGCGAGUGGAGAGACAAAUCGUGCACGUGGGUGCCGGACACAGUGUGGGACUCGUGUGGCGAGAGAUCGAUACCGCGUUCCACAAUCGCGUUCUGACCGGUGCGGUAAUUAACACGGAUUACAUCGAGCCGCAACGAUUUUUGGAAGACGCGGGCGAUAUAGUGCUCGAGCGAGUACGAGACGCCAUAGAGAGACACGAUAGCGUGAAGGUGAACACCGCGUUCAACGGCGAGUUUACGUCGGGUGACAAACGCGCCAAUAUAGGCAUACCCUCGCGAAACGCGGAAUUCUAUCGAACGUCGGAUGUGCGCGAAUGGUACGAGAAGCAUGUCGUCAAAGCCACGUUGAAGAAAUUCGGCGAAUUCGAGGAGCGCGACAGCGGGUGGGCGUUAUCGCGAAUCCUCAACUUGACUGUAAACGUGAACAAGCACAAUCCGAUGCACGCGGGAUGCAGCGUCGAAGUGCCGUGGGAGAUAGCGACGAAACGAGCGGUGAUCAACGUGCGCUCGACGGACAACGCGUGCUUCGCGUGGUCGGUGGUCGCCGCUCUGCACCCCGUGGAAAGACACGCGGAACGGGAGUCGUCGUAUCCGCAUUACGCAACGGUGCUCGAGUUCGCGGGUAUCAAGUUUCCGAUGAUUCUGAAGGACAUUACAAAAUUCGAACGUGCAAACGACGUGUCGAUAAACGUGUACUGUAUCGAGAAGGAGAGGGGCGUACUAUCUGUUUUUCCGAUACGAUUGACUGGUCGAAAGAUGGAGAAGCAUGUCAACCUGUUGUACAUGAAAGAUCAACGAGACAGCAGCAUCGGCCACUUCGCGUGGAUAAAAAAUUUGUCCCGCCUCGUGAGCUCUCAACUCAGCAAGAAGAAAAACAAAAAAUUCUUCUGCGAUCGAUGCCUACAUUACUUCAGCUCGCAGGAACGACUGGAUGCCCACACCGUGGACUGCAACGAGCUGAACAAAUGUGCGAUAGAGCUGCCGAAAGAAGACGCGAAAUGGCUAACGUUCAACAAACACGGCAACAAGGAACGUAUGCCUUUCGUCGUGUACGCCGACCUGGAGUGCGUUCUGGAAAAGAUGGAUCCGAAUCUGCCUGAGUCUCAACAUCACAAGGUACACAGUAUCGGAUACUACGUGCACUGCUCGUACGGCGACGCGCUAUCGAUGUAUCGGUGUCGUCGCGAUAAGGAUUGCGUCGCGUGGUUUGUCGAGGAACUCAAAGAAUUAGCGCACAAAGUAAAGUCCGCUCUGUCCGUUAACGUUCCGAUGGCAGAAUUGACGCGCGACGAACGCGAAAGAUAUAACAACGCUACACACUGUCACAUAUGCGAAAAACCGUUCGCGGCGGAAAACACGCGGGUACGGGAUCACUGCCACAUGACCGGACGAUACAGAGGUCCCGUGCAUUCCAAUUGCAAUCUGAACUACAAAGAUUCGCGUUGCAUUCCCGUGAUAUUUCACAAUCUAUCCGGUUACGACGCGCAUUUCAUUAUCAAGGAAGUAGCUACCGCUUACGAUGGGCACGUAGAACUACUUCCGGUAACGAAAGAGAAAUAUAUUGCGUUUAUGAAAACGGUCAAUGGCACGGAAGAAAAAAAAGAUUAUAAAACUCGCAUAACAUUGCGCUUUAUCGACUCGUUCAAAUUUCUCAGUUCGAGUCUCGAAAAAUUGACUUCGUAUCUCACGAAAGAUAAACUACGGACAAUGCAACGCGAAUUUUGCAAUUUGUCGGCAGAACAGUUCGAUCUACUGACGCGAAAAGGCGUCUUUCCGUACGAGUACGUCGACCGCUUCGAAAAGUUGGAGGAUACGCGUUUACCGCCGCGCGAAUCGUUUCACAGUUCGCUGACGGGCGACACCGUGUCCGAGAGCGAUUACGAGCACGCCGUUGACGUGUGGCAGCGGUUCUCCAAUCGGAACGCUCGGCGAGUACAGCGAUCUGUACCUGAAAACGGACGUCCUGUUGCUUGCGGAUAUUUUUGAAA